CUCUAAGCCCUGCAAAACCUCCAGCUGGAAAGAGCUAAGGUGUUCCUAUCGAAUUUCGAGAAUACGAGUACCUAUCGAACACCAAACGAAUACUUAGGUACAACAAUAAACUCAAUUCCUUCAACAUCCAACCACUUUUCAAGUUGAGACUUGAACAAAACCACAACCAUCCUCGACGAUGGAACUGCAUUAUGAAUCGCGGUAAAAUGCAUUUCCAGGAGACAGCCGGUUUAUAUACCGCCGCUACUCUACUGCGACUAAUUCUAUACGCUUUCUUUCCUGGCUUACCAGAUCUGCUGACUGACCGAGUCGAGAUUUCGACUCCUGUAACGAGCUUCAAGAGACUGCAAGAAGGCUUGUUUUUAUAUAAUCAUAAUGUCUCGCCCUACGAUGGCGGCGUCUACCACCAAGCCCCGUUGCUCCUCCCGCUCUUCUCCCUCCUCCCAGACCCGGCCACGUAUCCCAUAUUCGCGUAUCUCCUGUACAUUAUAGUCGACCUACUAAGCGCCGACGCGCUUUACAAGAUUGCAGAGUCAGGCGAGGCCGGCGCAUCGCGACUCUUCACCUCGGCUCGCAAGGACAGGAAGUGGAGCGGAUACAUCGUUGCGGCCAUCUUUCUCUUUAACCCAUUCACAAUCGCAACAUGUAUGGCCCGGCCGACUAAUGUCUUCACUACAUGCGCCAUCCUACACGCCAUAGCGAAGGCGAUAUCCGGCAACCCAUUUAACUCUAUGCUCGCUCUCUCGUUCGCGACCUACCUCUCCAUGUAUCCCGCAUUACUUCUACCGCCACUAAUACUACUUGCCUACGACCGGCAGCACGCUUCAAACAAAACAUCAUCCUUAUUGCAAUUUGCAGGCCUCAACAUCGUGGCAGUGUCACUCUGCCUCUCGAUUUUGUUCGGAGUUUCCUACCUCCUUACCGGAUCCUGGGAAUUUCUUACCUCGACCUAUGGCGUUCAAUUGACGUUGACGGACCUUACCCCUAAUGUUGGACUUUGGUGGUACUUCUUCGUUGAGAUGUUCGACAGCUUCCGUGCCUUCUUCCUAGCCGUAUUCUGGCUGCACCUCUCGUGUUAUGUUGGCGGACUCUCGUUCCGCAUUCGCACACAACCACUUGCUGUGCUCACCAUAUUGCUCGGCAUCUUUGCUAUCUUCAAGCCCUAUCCCAGCAUUGCCGAUGCGAGCUUAUUCCUCGGCAUGGUACCGCUGUUCAGACAUGUGUUCCCGCUCCUGCGAUACAGCUUCGUAUCCACGUCCACCAUACUUUACUCCACCUUUCUGGGACCCUCGUUCUACUACCUGUGGAUCUACGCCGGCAGCGGGAACGCCAAUUUCUUCUACGCCAUCACUCUUGUGUGGAGUCUUGGACAGAGCUUGCUCGUCAGCGAUCUGACGUUUGCGGUGCUUCGUGACGAGUGGGAACUGGAGCGCCCGGAGAUGGUUGGGAAGGAAAUCCGACAGAUCUAGUAGUUUGUGUUGUGACUACCUUCCCAAUGUAGACCGUAUUAGUAUUUGUAAAAAAAACUCCGAGUCGUGGUUAGACUUAGUAUGUCAGAAUGACGAAGGAGGCUAGAGUACUAGAUAUCAUGGAUAUCAUAGAAGUACAACAAAUUUAUUCUGAAAACGAGAGGUCUGUCGUGUUGGGUCUUGUUGGUGACUUGCAUUCGUGACGACAGUUGCGAGGUGUCUCUGUUCAUCUAGCCGAUAUCUCCAUCGUGAUUAGGACUUUUGAAAUAUCCACAUUUCGUGUGGCUCGCUCAAAAGAUUUGUUGGUGGUUCUAUACACUGGAUGCUGUUUUGACACUAGGAGUUCACGGUUUGGGUGCGGAAUUACAGCAGCGAUUGCAAACCUGACGCCUAACAAAUAACACACCUAGGUUAGAAGCUUUCAUAUGAAGUAGAUAGCUGGAAGAGCUACGUGAUAUGGAAGUCAGUUGAACAUUGUUUCCGAUUUCAUUUCCUUUAUGUGGGCAUUAGACGUGAAAUGGAUUAGCUAGUAAGCGGACUCUAAGCUGCGAACGAAAGAAUGAAAAGGUGGAGAAACAAAUAGAGGUAUAACUGAGCUAGAAGUAAUGAAC